CUGAGUUUCACGCAGGCGCGCAGUGCACAGAAGGAUUUGAAAAUGUCGGUUGCAGGUUAAAAACGAGAAGAAAUUGGUUUCCAGGAAGCUCAAACACAGCACACCAGUUUGGUUGUCUCUGUCUAGAUAUUUAAGGAGCAAGGGAUUCAAUUGACCAUCCUUCCUGCUCAAACUGUGGGGAGGGAUUCACUCGAUCAUUUGACCAACUGGCAAGAACAUCAUUUUGUACAGGAGAAAGGCCGUUCACCUACUCAGUGGGAAUGGAUUCAUUCGGUUAUCACAAUUGAUGGUUCAUCAGGAAGUUCACACUGGGCAAGGCCAUUCACGUUCUGUGUGUCAGAAGGGAUUCUGUCGGACAUCCCACCUGCGAACACAACAAUCAGUUCACAGCACACCGGGCAGAGGCUGGUCAUCUGCUGAAUUUCUGGGAAAGGAUUCACUCAGUCAUCUGUCUUAAUGGCUCACCAGCAAGUUCACACCAGGGAGCGGCCGUUUACCUGCUCAGUCUGUGAGAAGAGAUUUACUCAGUUAUCCAACCUACAGAGUCACCAGCGAGUUCACACUGGGGAGAAGCCAUUCACGUGCUCAGUCUGUGGGAAAGGAUUCACUCUGUCAUCCACUCUGCUGGUACAUCAGCGAGUUCACACUGGGGAGAAGCUGUUCACCUGCUCAGACUGUGGAAAGGGAUUCACACUGUCAUCCCGCCUACUGGUACAUCAGCAAAUUCACACUGGGGAGAAGCCGUUCACCUGCUCAGUCUGUGGGAAAGGAUUCAGUCAGUCAUCCGAACUGCAGAAACACCAUCCAGCACACACUGGGGAGAAGCCGUUCAACUGCUCAGACUGUGGGAAGAGAUUCACUCACUCAUCCACCCUACAGAGACACCAGCGAGUUCACACAGAGGAGAAGCCAUUGACCUGCUUAGUCUGUGGGAAGACAUUCACUCAGUUAUCCCACCUACAUAGUCACCAGCGAGUUCACACUGGGGAGAAACCGUUCAUCUGCUCAGUCUGUGGGAAGAGAUUCACUCAGUUUUCCCUCCUACAGAGACACCAGCGAGUUCACACUGGGGAGAAGCCGUUCACAUGCUCAGUCUGUGGGAAGAGAUUCACUCAUUUAUCCACCCUACAGAGACACCAGCGAGUUCACACUGGGGAGAAGCCGUUCACAUGCUCAGUCUGUGGGAAGAGAUUCACUCAUUCAUCCACCCUACAGAGACACCAGCGAGUUCACACUGGGGAGAAGCCGUUCACAUGCUCAGUCUGUGGGAAGAGAUUCACUCAUUCAUCCACCCUACAGAGACAUCAGCGAGUUCACACUGGGGAGAAGUCAUUCACCUGCUCAGAAUGUGGGAAGAGAUACACUGACUCUUCCACCCUACAGAGUCAUCAGCGAGUUCACAUUGGGGAGAGGCCGUUCACCUGCUCAGUGUGUGGGAAAGGAUUCACUUGGUCAUCCGACUUACGGAGUCAUCACCGAGUUCACACUGGGGUGAAGCCAUUCACCUGCUCAGUCUGUGGGAAGAGAUUCACUCAGUUAUCAAACCUACAGAGUCACCAGCGAGUUCACACUGGGGAGAAGCCGUUCACCUGUUCAGAAUGUGGGAAGAGAUUCACUCUGUUAUCCCACCUACAGAGACACCAGCGAAUUCACACUGGGGAGAAGCCGUUCACCUGUUCAGAAUGUGGGAAGAGAUUCACUGACUCUUCCACCCUACAGAGACACCAGCGAAUUCACACUGGGGAGAAGCCGUUCGCCUGUUCAGAAUGUGGGAAGAGAUUCACUGACUCUUCCACCCUACAGAGACACCAGCGAAUUCACACUGGGGAGAAACCAUUCACCUGCUCAGAAUGUGGGAAAGGAUUCACUCAGUCAUCUGACCUGCAGAAACACCAUCCAGUACACACUGGGGAGAAGCCGUUCACCUGCUCAGUCUGUCAGAAGAGAUUCACUCAGUCAUCCACCCUACAGAGUCACCAACGAGUUCACACUGGGGAGAAGCCGUUCACCUGCUCAGUCUGUCGGAGGGGAUUCACUCAGUCAUACACCCUACAGAGUCACCAGCGAGAUCACACUGUGGAGAAGCCGUUCACCUGCUCAGAAUGUGGGAAGAGAUUCACUCACUCUUACAACCUACAGAGACACCAGCGAGUUCAUACUGGGGAGAGGCCAUUCACCUGCUCAGAAUGUGGGAAGGGAUUCACUCAGUCAUCUCACCUACAGAGUCAUCAGCGAGUUCACACUGGGGAGAAGCCGUUCACCUGCUCAGUCUGUGGGAAGGGAUUCACUCAGUCAUUCACCCUACAGAGACAUCAGCGAGUUCACACUAGAGAGAGGCCAUUCACCUGCUGAGAAUGUGGGAAGGGAUUCACUCAGUCAUUGCACCUACUGACACACCUGUCAGUUGACAAUGGGGAGUGGCCAUUGUAAUGAAUCCCUGGGUUUUGUUUGCUGUGGACUCAUUUCAAGAGGGAGAGAGAGAUUAAGAAUGCGAAUCAGUCUGACUUGCAGCUUGUUUACAUCACUCGCAGCUUGUUUAGUUUUAACCGAGGACACAGACACUCAGAGUCAGAAGGAGA